CCGCGGGUUGAUCCGCUCGGCGCGGUGGGCCGUAGGACGCACAAGGGCGGAUCGUAACGGGCGCGUCGCGCAGCCUCGCGAAUUCGCGCGAGGAAACGUGCCAAUCUCGUCGCCGCCUGCCGCCUGUCUCGCCAGCCGUCCUCGCGUACAUAUUUUGUCGCGCGCACACGAGCGUGUGCGUGCGUGCGUGCGAACGUGCGAACGAGCGAGCGAUCGGGCGAGCAACGAUCGAGCCUUAGCUGGCUAGUCGAUUGGCGAGGUUGAACGAACGUGAUUCACGAACGUACGAAUUUGCGAAUGCGCUCGCGACGCCCCGCGCGUACGACGAUCUGAAAGCGAACAACCAAGUGUGCCUCGAGAGCUUUUAGUCGAGAAACCGAUCUGCACGAGGCCGUUCGAGAGAAAGAGAAAGAGAGAGAGAGAGAGAGAGAACGAGCUAGCUAGCGAGCGAGCAGGCAGGCAUCUCGUAACGCUAGAUUCAGGGCACAUGGGACCAUCCGGGCCCGUCUUGAGAUGAACGGUGAUUUCGGGUACGUUUACAUGAAUGGGGACAUCGGGAAGCUGCCACCAGGGGCGGUCUACCCAGCCACCCCUGAACCUCUGGGUCUACAGGUUGCAGGAGCAAUUGGCGGUGGAGUGCCUAAUAUAGACUACGGAGUCAUGAACGGUGCGCCAAGUGGCAGUGAACUGAUUCUUGAUGCUGGCGUCGGCAGCCUUGAACCAUCUCCUCAACACGCCAUAGGCAUGCAUGGAGGCGCCAUUGGAUAUAGCCCAGUGGAUGUUGCUGCUUUGAGCGAUGCUUCUGCCGCUCCGCCACCAUCUGCAUCAAUGGCUGAUCUAAAUGUUCCCGGUAUACCCUUGGAACAGCUCAAGCAGAUGCUCUCUUCGCAACUCGAGUAUUACUUUUCCAGAGAGAAUUUAGCCAACGAUACCUAUUUGUUGUCACAAAUGGAUAAUGAUCAGUAUGUGCCGAUAUGGACAGUAGCGAAUUUUAACCAAGUCAAGAAACUGACGAAAGAUAUCAAGCUCAUAACAGAGGUGCUGAGGGAAUCUCCCAAUGUGCAAGUGGACGAGGAAGGACAGAAAGUAAGACCCAAUCACAAACGAUGUAUCGUGAUACUUCGCGAGAUACCAGAUAGUACUCCAUUGGAGGAUGUAAAGAAUUUAUUUUCCGGAGAGGGAUGUCCGAGGCUUAUUUCGUGCGAAUUUGCUCAUAAUAGUUCGUGGUACGUGACAUUUGAAUCCGACGACGAUGCUCAAAAGGCCUACCGGUUUUUACGCGAGGAAGUUCGAGAAUUUCAGGGAAAGCCAAUAAUGGCGAGAAUUAAAGCUAAACCAAUGAAUAGGCUACCUAUACCAGCGGUUGGUGUAGGUGGUAUAAAGAAUGGCUAUAGAACUCCACCCCCUCCUCCUGUCUACGAUCCGAGCAGUUAUACGGCUGGACAGCAACGUUUUCUCUAUACCAAUGGCACGACCAUGCCUCAAACGACUAUGCCGGCAUACCCGAAUCAGGUUGUUUACCAUCAACCAUUCUAUCCCGCCGGUAUGAUGCCUUGGGGACCAACUAGUCCCGCUUAUUUCGAUAUGUCCAGUGUUUUUACGAUGAACGGAAUCACACCGCACAACACGUUUACUCGUUCAAACACAAGAUACAAUCCUCGCCACAGAAAUAGACAGAGAAACGGCUCCGAUCGAAGCUGCUUGAUAGAUCCCGCCAAUCCCAGCAACAAUAAUAACAACCAUCAUCAUCAUCAUCACCAUCAUCACCACCAUCAUCAGCCGUCGUCCAUGCCGCCGCUGAGCAAUCGUAGCUCUCAUCCCCCUAUGACCGGGGGCGGCGGCAACAUGUCUCUAAGCUCCACGUCCACCUAUCACGCUUCGAGCCUGCCUUCCUCGAAGCCGCCCUCCUCGUCGUCCUCUUCCUAUCAAUCCGGCACAAAGUUCCAUUCCUCGUCGUCUGCCACGUCAUCCGUCGAGCACGCGAAGGGAUCUUCCUCUUCCUCGUCGUCCUCCGCGCAGGACCAGGAUACGGCAACGGCGACAGUCGAAUCCUCCUCCUCCUCCAUUUCCUUAUCCUCGGCGCCUUCGUUUCCCCGCCACCGUAUCCAUCGCAGGACCAAAGAUCAGGAUGCGAAGGUAGCUGCUGGGAAUAAUCACUCGUUGCCAGCGAUCAAGGAAUCCUUGCCGGCAAGCGGAGGCAGCAGCAACAGCAACAGCAGUAACUGCACCAGCGGCGGUGGCCGCAGUAGUGGCGUGCAGUUCGAUCUUGAGGCGGCCGCUUUCCCGCCCCUGCCCGGUCUUGACGCCGAUCACGGCAAAGUAUCGACUGAUAUCGGCGGUAGUGGCACUGGCAUCGUCGAGUCCUCGUCGCAAAAUCGAUUGUCCGAUGUCGUCAAGGGCACUGCUAAGCUCAAGGCUGUCGCCAAGGACAAGGAAAAUAGCAACCAGCAGCAACAUUCUCAACUGCAGCAGCAGCAAACCGCAGCACUUCCGCAGUCAGCGAUCGCGACGGCUGUCGCCAGUAGGUCCGCUAGUCCUGGGGCGAGUACCGGAGCGGAUGUACAAGGAAACGCACUAGGAAAUGCCACGUCGACGAAUUCUUCGGGUGCCGCACAUACCCUUAAUUCGGCGACGGUCAACAACGAGAAUACGUCAUCGGUCGAUGCUGCCACCGCCGCGCUCAGCACCGUCAUCGCGCUCACUCCCCCGUCAUCUCCUGAUAAAUCUAUAAAGACUGACGACUCGAACAUGGUGAACGGUAUGGACGACGCUGUAGUCGCGAACGCGCACCUGCCGGCGACGGGGGCGAUAACGACGGCUACAACGACCACGACGACGGCAGCGGCAGCAACGGCGACGACAGACGAUGCUGAGCCGAUGACCAGGUGCGAUUGCAACAACGUCGUCGUCGUCCCUCCUCCUACUGCCUCACAAAGCUCUCAAUCGCAGACUGGACUGGCCUCUGCCUUCCCUAUAGAUCAUACGAGGCCAAGCUAUGCCCAAGUAGCGCAACAUUGCCGCGAGCUACCAUGUACAAAACACAAAACAGACGAGAGGGACAGAAAUGUUUAAAAAUUCUGCACACGUGACGGAAGAGAGGAAAACAUACCUAAACGGCGAAAGCGGCUUAGAUAUAGCGAAGCAAGACGCCAAAAUCUACGGAUUACCACACCCGCGACAACGGGAUAAAUAAACGAUAUUUAGCUGCUCUACGAUGUCAUCGCCAUUUUCUCGGGGUCGGGAUCGGAUCGAGAAUCAGGAUAUCGGAGCUCGAGGCUGCUUUCACUUACCUAUCUACUUCCCCCCCCCCCCCCCGGCACGCCCCCCUCUCGGAUCGACGCCGUCACGUGCUGCAGGCGCGUGAGGAAGAGAUAACUUUUUACAUUGUACAGUGACGUCUCGCCUACGAUCAACGAUCGAUCGAUCGACGAAUCGAUCAAGAAAGAAUGAGAAAAAGAGAGAGAGAGAAAUAGUGUGUGUGAACGUGUGUGAGACUCGCCGCGCGCUAUUAUAGCGGCGCAUUCGCAGGCGCUAUUAUUAUACAGGGUGAUCGGAGAGUCCCGCGGGACAUGUUUAUCGCCGCGGUUUGAUGAUGUUGAUUGGAUAUUUACCGAUAUUUGCAAGUCGGCAUAAUUGUUUUUUAUUCGCUUUAUUGCAAUUUGAGAUGCAAUUGAUUUGAUUGUAAUUUAUUCCUGACUGUAGGAUACGAGACGAUUUUAGGGGCUUGAAGAUCUAAGCGUUAACUAAGAUUUAAGAAACUGAUGAUUUAGACAUCCGCGUUAAGCGGACGGGGGAUAAAAACGUUCGGUGAUUAAAGUCAGAAGAACGAGGCUACGUGCCAUGUCUCGCCAGCGAGAAAUGCUGGACCGACAAAAAGAACUAUGUAAUAAGAGCCCGAUGAGGCAACUAUCUUUCAAGGAUCGAAAAAUCUAAGAAAUUGAAGGCUUGAGAUUUUACAGGAACGUGUAAAUGUAAGAAGUUUAAUGAAUGAAAAAAAUGAUGAUUUAAACAUUUAUCAAUUUAUAAACCUUUACGAGUUUCGGAUAGACAGAAGUUUUGAAUGUAUAUCUAAUGUUUAAUAAGAUUUAGUUUUAAGACUUCGUUAGUAAUUGGUAAGUUAAGGAUUCUUAAUUAAUAACGAGUAUAUAUACAUAUAGAGAGAUAUCUAAAAAAAAAGAAACUUACGAGUCUAAAAAAAUUAAUAAACGAUAUAUAUAUAUAUGUGAUAUACAUGAUAUAUAUACAUGAUAUAUAUAUAUAUAUAUAUAUAUACAUGAUCGAAAUAUAGUUCGGAAAAAAUGCAGGGGCGUAUUGUCAAACGAAGUAUCAUUCUUUUAAAUGCUAAAUUUUUCUCUCGACAGCACCAACCGUAUGGCUGCGCGGCUUCCCGAUCACCUGGUACAUUUGCGUGAGAGAAGAGUAUUGUUAUAUAUCGCUUUUGGUUCUGUGAUUGAGGUACAUAUUUGUUAGCUUGUAUAAAAACGCGUUAAAAGAGAUAAGAUACAUUAAUCUUUUAAAAGAACCCCUUCUCCCGCCCCUCCUUUGCGCGCGCAGGGCCGUAAUAUUGUAACCAGAAAGAAAACAUGUCUAUAUAGAUAUAUAUAUAUAUAUAUAUAUAUAUAUACAUAUAUAUAUAUAUUUGUGCCAAAAACAUACAUACAUUGCUUGACGAAAUCUCCCGAUAUGCAACGAAUUGGACGCCGAAGUCAGUACCGAAUAGAGAUUCUCGCCAAGUAGAAAGCGCGGUGGAAAAAAAAAUCCCUUCAAAAAAAAAUUCUCUCUUCCACGCCCCUAAUUUUUUUGUGAAAAAAGAAAAUUACGAUAAGAGGAAAACGAAGAGAUCAUAUCUCGCGAAGCUAUAAUUUUAUGUGCGAGAUUAUAGAUGAUUUAAGGGAUGAUAGCGAUGAUGAAGGAUGAUAAUAAUGAUAAGGAGGAGGUGAGGGAGGAGGACAGUCGAGAAGCAUACAUUAAAUUCGUAUUUUAUGCGAAUAACGCACGUAGGAAAUUGUUACAAAGGAAAUUAGCGAUGAUGUUAAAUCUGCAAAACUAGGAUAAAAAUCGAGUUCAUAAUUGAGGAAUGAUCUUGGAAAAUAUCAUAAAUUUGUAAUUAUAAUUAUAGAGGCAUAGAGUUUCUAUUAUAUAAGGCAUGAAAAACUUACCUGGCAAAAAGAAUUUAAAAAAUUCAAAUGAAUUUCUAUACAGAAACGUGUAUUAUAUUAUAAUGUGUUUAAAGUCUCCCGAGAUAUGCAAUUAAAGUGAAUAUUUCACGGAAUUGGCAUAAAUCUACUGUCAUCCAUAUACUCAUCCAUUUGCUCGAAAAAUCAUUAUUUGUGGAUCACGAUCAUUCCUCAAUUCGCGAAGUCCAUUUUGGAUAUUCUAAUGUUUGAAUCGGAUAUAAAUUUACGCUCGAUAUUCUCGAAUUCUUCAAUUCGGAUCUUCGAGAGUUUCGAGAUUUUUCGGAAGACCUGCACAAGAAUUUUCCAAGUCUUGCACUUCGAAGUUACACGGUUACCCAUCUCGAAAUUUUUCACAAUUUCCGGCGUUUUCUCGUCUAUUCCGAUAAAACAAAUCUUUAAAAGACUUCCUCCUAAUUCUUUUAAAACAUCUUUUGGACUUGUGCGUUGUUCCGGGAAAUGAUUCAUACAGUUCCUGUUUAAUUUUUUUUUCUUAUUUUUUAUUCAGGCUCAAUCGCCUUUAUCAUUUUUUAUUCAGACAACGCAAAUCUCUGUUCCAAUUCUUGAACGUUGUUUCCGAAAGAUGGGCAGAUUCAUUCCUUACUUUCUGAGCUCCCAUCACGAUUCCAUCCCCAUUUUCUUAAUUUUAAUCCUAUUAUCCAGUCCAGUGAUUCUUCUUUACUCUUCCGCCGUCUCGUUCGUAGCAGUUGCUCCAAUGCCCCACGAACGAGCGUUGUUCAUCAUGGUGGUCAAUUCCGUCGAUUGCGGAGACCAUCAGGAGCAUCGCGUGGCCACUUCCGGUUUUGCGUCAAAUUUAAUUCCCUUUUCUUUAACUAAGCUCCCAUUUAUACUCUUCGCCGCGAUCAGAUCUUAUUCUUUCUACUCGACCCCUUGAUUAUGAGGUGUGUUAAGACAUUGAAGAAUUUUAGGAUCACACGCUUCUACUAUCGGCAAGGAGAGAGAAUGAAAAAAGAAAAAAAGAAUGUGCGCGAGAGAAACAUACUAAUUCGGAGUAGCUAGUGUUGCGAGAAUCGGGAUGACUAAUUGAGCACGCAUUUAAGUGCCUCAAAGUAUGCUGUAUAUUAUUGAUUAUCGAUUACCACUAUUAUAAUAUUAAUUAGUACUAUUGAUUGCUCUAUUAUAUAUUAUUAUCUCAUCAUUAUUUUAUUAUUAUUAUUAUUAUUAUUAUUAUAAGCAGGAGCUUUUGGCUUUAGGUGUUAUGAUGAUGCAUAUGUACCUACACACAUAAAAACACAUAUACAUUGUAUUGAGAGCAAAUAAAACGAGAGAAAAAGUAUGAAAGAGAGAGAGAGAGAGAGAGAGAGAGAGAAAAAAAAGAUCGUUGCUCAUAGGAGAUUGAUUCUUCGUCUUUUUUUGUUUUCGUAUAUUUUUUAUUACAUUUACGAAUGCGAUGGAAAAGAUAAGAAAAGAAAGACGAGAAAUCGAUGUCUUGCGAACAGGAUAAUGUAUCGAUGUGUAUACUGCUAUAUUUUGAACUUAUGAUGCUGCCGUUUCAUUUAUCUAUUGAUACAUACACAUACACAUAGGGCGUUUCAAAAUAGGAUUGUCAGCUAUUUCUGUUAAUAUAUUGAGUUAAAUAAAUCAAAUAAACGACAUGUCGGACAAAUAGACUCUCAGAGAAUCGUAUAUCGCGCUGGAAAGACUUUCCUUCUGGAUUCUUGCGAUUUUUCAUGGAAUGCGAACUUGAUUCUGCACAUUAAACAUCUUGAAUAUUGAGAUUAACUUACUUGAGAAUUUUUUCGUAAUUUUUAUUUUUAUAUGUUAAAAAACUCGAGUUUUAUCUUAAAAAAAUUGAGAUACAAUUCACAAAUGAUGAUUGUGAAAGAGCUAAGAGAAAUCCUAACAUUUUUCACUUUCGUAAUGUAAUGUAUAAGAAUUGUGGAAUUCUUGAUUCAAUAAUUUCAACAUGUUUCAUCGUAUGAGAAUCGCACAAGAAAUGUUCCUAAAUCGUAAGGAACCGGGGAAGAUGCCGGGAAGAUUGUUCGCGCGUGAUUCUCUGGAAAUGAUAUACUUGACAUAUUGUAAUUCUCGUUCGCUGCGUUUCUCUGCGAGAGAGAUAUCCCAGUUGGUAGUUUCCGAUGAAGCUUCCCCGUACAUUCAAGUACAGCGGAUGUGUCCGGGAUGCCGGAGAAUGAUUGAUCGUCGAUCGGAUCGGAAGCGCCGGAUUUAGGGCGGUGUAGAUCUUUUCAAUUCGCACAUGCGGU